GUUUCGACAUCGAUUCACGAGACAUUUCUCGCUGGAGUAAGACAGAGAAAGAAAAUCUUCUUAAAUCUUCUCUCUCUCUCUCUCUCUCUCUCUCUCUCUCUCUCUCUCUCUCGAUACUGGUCGAUACCGCGAUCGAGAUGUAUCGAUACUCGGCGAACUUGGCGCACUUCGUAACCGCGAGCCGUGGAGAAACUGCCGUUGGGGAAGAGCGCGGAGGCGUCGACGAGGAAAUCGGGAUUGAUCGCAAAGAUCAAAAAGGUUUUGCCUUCGAGAAUGCGCGACACUGCGCGCUUCAUUAAUCAUGCCCAGGCGCCGAUGCGGUUGUUGUUGAUGCGAUACGACAAACAGGUUUGGUGCGAUCCGCCCUUUUUUUUGGUCCGCAGCUCGUUUCUUCUCGAUUUUCUCCCUGUUCCGCAUUUAUUCGAAACUGUUCGAGGGAGAUUAAGUAGAAAGGAGCGACGAUCAGGGACGAUUGAUUUAAAGGAAGGCGGAAGGGCCGAACGGUGCGUUGGGGUGUCGCAAAGGAGCCAAAUGGAAGUAGAAGCGGAAAAGAAAAGAAGCUGGCAAGGGCCGAAUGGUGCGUGUGCGUUGGGAUAUCGCAAAAGUGAGAAGACUUUCAAUUCAGAUUCUCCGACAAAAGAGACGUUCGCGCCGCCUGAAAUAAUAGCUCAACGAUGGUCCAGCUGAAACAUGUCGCGACUCUCAUCUCUCGCUCGUUUUGUAGGAGCCAAAUGGAAGUAGAAGCGGAAAAGAAAAGAGGCUGGAAGGACCGAAUGGUGCGUGUGCGUUGGGAUAUCGCAAAGGGACAAAAUGGAAGAGGAGGCUGAGGAGAGAAGAAGAUGGAGGGCCGGACGGUGCCUUGUUUAUCAGAUGCUUCGGAAACUCGGAGAAUCCUUGGACACGCCGGAUACGCCGAGGCGCGACAAACCCGGGAAGCGAACUCGAGCACUCCUCUAAGUCGAGGCGAGAAGGAUAGAACGGCGGCGCAGUAGCAGAUAACGGUACCCGCCGCAGUCUCCUGCUGCAAAGCCCGUCGUUCACUCGCGUGGACGGCAGAAGGUCGUCUCGAUCGGCUCGAUGGACCACGCUUCCAGCCGGCUUCGCUUCCGGUCGGUCUGUGCCAGCGACCGGCAGCCAGGAGGCCGCAUGCGCGGCAGUGAAGAUCAGGAUGCUCGCCAGGCGAGUUCGACAGUUUGACCCCAGAGAAUCGAGCGUAGUUUGUUAGACCGGCACGUACGGGCACGUCUGAGUCUCCAGACGCUGUGUGUAAGGAGAGAGCGCGUAGAAGCCACGCGCGGGUCUCAGUUUUCAAAUACAACGAUUCUGCGAUGAGACGGCGUUAAUUCCUCGAUAAAUGUGAUACGAUGUAACGCCGUGAGAAGUGGACUAAUUAGAAGCAAAACACGAAUAUCGCGAAGCUGCACGCUCGUUCUCUCCGUCUCGCUACACCCGGUGUCGCCAGAGAGAUGCAUACUACGCGAAGAGCAUUGCGAAGAUUCGCGAGAUCGUUGAACCCCUGCGACGACUUCAAAGUCUCGUUCGCCAAGCGCGGAGUACUCGGGCCCGAUCCGCGACCUGCGACACUGAACGAGAACGAUGCUGCUGCUGCUCCUCCUUCGUGGAACAUAUCCGGUCAGGGCUUGGUGAGGAACUCCGCGUUAUCGCGAACGUUCGCGCGAGAUUUCGCCACUUCGGUGAGGAAGGAGCCACCCGAGCCGCGAGGUCUUCCCCUUUUCGGCACGUUGCCGUUCCUGAUAGCGGCCGGUGGCCCGAUGAAGCUGCACGAAUACGUUGACAAGAGACACCGAGAACUUGGACCGGUCUACAGAGAACAGAUUGGACCGGUACGAAGUGUCUUCGUCAAGUCGCCCGACGAAUAUCGUAAGAUAUUGAUCGAUUUCGCGGGUCCCUAUCCGCAGCACUUUCUACCGGAAGCCUGGAAGCUGUACAACGAGAUCCGAGUGCAGCACCGUGGUCUGCUCUUCAUGGACGGAGAAGAGUGGUGGUAUCACCGCAAAAUCGUCAAUCAAGCGAUGCUGAAGCCUUCUCCAAUGAUGUUUCUGUGCACACCGUGCCAGGAAGUUGCCGAAAAUCUAACAAACAAAUGGAAGACGUACAGUCAAGCCGGCAAAGUGAUACCGAACUUGGAACAUCAGCUGUAUCAGUGGUCUAUCGAGGUGACGCUGGCGACACUGAUGGGUUCGCGAUGGCGGGGUUGCGAGCCGCAAAUACGUUCUGAGAUAGAAUUCGUGGCGUUGUUGGUACACCGGGUUUUCAAGUACUCCGUACCUCUCAUGUUAAUACCGCCCAAGGUGGCGAUGAAGCUCCGAUUACCAGUAUGGACCAAGUUCGUUAAAACUGUCGAUGCGGUGCUGGACAAGAUACACAAACUAAUGCCGCAAAUAAUCCAACAUGACAACGACGGACUUUUAAAAGUGCUGAUGAGUCAUGGCAUUGGCGAAGAUAAGAUCGCCAGAAUUGUUACAGAUUUAAUCAUGGCCGCCGGCGACACAACUUCGGUUACCUUGCGAUGGACGUUGCUCAUGCUCUGUAAUCAUCCCGAGCUGCAAGAUCAAUUAUUUCAUGACAUCAAAGAUUUACCACUGGAAGAAAUUCUGCAAAGUCAGCUGUUGAGGAACAUAGGGAAGGAAACCUUGAGACUAUACCCAGUUGCACCAUUUCUUACGAGAUAUUUGCAGACAGAUGCUACAAUUGGUGGUUAUUUUGUGCCAAAAGGGGAGUUAAUUAUCAUAUCGCUUUAUUCAAGCAGCCGCGAUGAGAACAAUUUUCCACGACCCAACGACUUCUGGCCAGAAAGGUGGGUGAGACUGAAGGAAAGUUUACGCGAUCAUGUAGGAGUGAGAGACGCACGUGCCAGUGUGCCGUUCUCGGCAGGCCUGAGGAAUUGCGUCGGUCGCAAACUUGCGGAAACUCAACUGUCUCUUACUUUGGCGCAGAUCAUUAAAAAUUUCAAGAUUGAGUGUGAAAAUCGAGACAGCAUUAAGAUGAUUUUACAGUUGAUCUCCGUGCCAUCAGAGCCUCUCAAGCUGAAGCUAACUGACAGAAAAAUAUCAUGAGAACAUAAAACGAUUGCGGAAAGAGGAUCAAUGAAAAUUUUAUUAAUAAUGCAAUGCAAAUAAGUAAAUUUAAUGUACAUAU